AUCCAACAACGGAACACCCAGAUCUAGUUCAUUUUUAUGAUCACCAAAUACUACAAUCCUAUGUUAUGUUCUUGCAUGGCACCAUAACUAGUUGUGUUUAUCUUUCCAUUUUAGAAAGAAGCUGGCUAUCUGAACCCAUUUUAGAACGUAAUCUCUCUCCAGCAAAAUCCAAUGACCUCCUCCUCUUCCUCAGAACAAGGACACACCACAACCACGUACCCAACAAAACACAAACCAAACAAACUUGUAUUAGCCACGCUUUGUUGCUAAUCAUAGCCAGUUUAGCUUGUUCAUCGUUGGAUUCGUUCGUUUUUCCGCAUGAGAAAUAUAUAAAACUGAUGCGCCGUCAUCGUUGUCGCAUCCAUCCAUCCAUCCAUCGAUCGGAGGAGUCGCCUCGCGCCGCCGCACCGGCCGUCGACGUCGUGACCCGCGCUAGCUAGCUCGCGCGGGCGGCAAUGUCGUCGGACGACGACGACGAUGGGUCGGGGCGCACCAAGCUGAUCAUCGCCGCCGUGGUCAUGCUGCUCGCCAUCGUGCUCGGCACGGUGGCCUACGUGGUGGUGGACCGCGCCGGCGACGACGACGGCCUGAGCAAGCGCGGCAUGAAGUCGACGAUGCGCAGCGUGGACCUCUUCUGCGCGCCCACGGACUACCGCGUGGCGUGCAAGGACACCCUGGAGCGCGUCCUGGCGCGGUCGUCGGACCCGGCCGACCACCCGCACGCCGCCGCCGCCGCGGCGAUCACGGCGGUGGAGCGGGAGCUGGCGCGCGGGUUCGACCGGUCGUCGGUGCUGGAGGCGGUGCGGGCGAGCAACGACAGCCGGGUCGCCGAGGCCCUCCGCGACUGCCGGACGCUGCUCGGCGACUGCCGUGGCGACGUGAGCCGGGCGCUCACCAGCAUCGCGUGGCGCGGCGUGGACGCCGUGUCGCAGGACCUCCAGGCGUGGCUCAGCGCGGUGAUCACGUUCCAGGGCUCCUGCGUCGACAUGUUCCCGCAGGGCCCCAUCAAGGACCAGGUGAGGGAGGCCAUGGAGAAGGCCCGCGAGAUCUCCAGCAACGCCAUCGCCAUCAUCCAGCAGGGCGCCGCCUUCGCCGCCAUGCUCGACCUCCACGCCAGCGAGAGCCACGCCGCCGAAGGCGAGGAGCUCGACGUCGACCACGACAUCCAGCACCACGUGGACCGCCACCUCGAGGAUCAGUCGUUACCACCAGUCCCGCCGUGGUUGUCCGACGAGGACCGGAGGAUGCUCACCAGCGGCGAGGAGUUCGUCGCCGGGCUGACCCCGAACGUGACGGUGGCCAAGGACGGCAGCGGCGACUUCACCAACAUCUCGGCGGCGCUGGACGCCCUGCCGGAGGCGUACGCCGGGAAGUACAUCAUCUACGUGAAGGAAGGCGUGUACGACGAGACGGUGAACGUCACCAGCCGGAUGGCCAACAUCACCAUGUACGGCGACGGCUCCAAGAAAUCCAUCGUCACCGGCAGCAAGAACAUCGCCGACGGCGUCAGGAUGUGGAAGACAGCCACCUUCGCGGUGGACGGCGACCGGUUCACGGCGAUGAGGCUGGGGAUACGGAACACGGCGGGGGAGGAGAAGCAGCAGGCGCUGGCGCUGCGGGUGAAGGCGGACAAGAGCAUCUUCUUCAACUGCCGGAUCGAGGGCAACCAGGACACGCUGUUCGCGCAGGCCUACCGCCAGUUCUACCGGAGCUGCGUCAUCUCCGGCACCGUCGACUUCAUCUUCGGCGACGCGGCCGCCAUGUUCCAGCGCUGCAUCAUCCUCGUCAAGCCGCCGCUCCCGGGGAAGCCCGCCGUGGUGACCGCGCACGGGCGGCGCGACCGGCAGCAGACCACGGGGUUCGUGCUGCACCACAGCCAGGUGGUCGCCGACGAGGACUUCGCCGGCGCCGGCGGCGGGAGCAGCAACACGUCGUCGUCGUCGGGGGCGGCGCCGAGGCUGGCGUACCUGGGGCGGCCGUGGAAGGAGCACGCGAGGACGAUCGUGAUGGAGUCGGUGAUCGGAGGGUUCGUGCACGCGCAGGGGUACAUGCCGUGGGAGGGGAAGGACAACCUGGGCGAGGCGUUCUACGGGGAGUACGGCAACAGCGGGCAAGGCGCCAACUCGACGGGGAGGAUGGAGAUGCGGGGGUUCCACGUGCUGGACAGGGAGAAGGCCAUGCAGUUCACGGUGGGCCGCUUCCUGCACGGCGCCGACUGGAUCCCGGAGACCGGCACGCCCGUCACGAUAGGCCUCUUCGGUGGCUAGCUCGCUCAUCCAUGCGUACGUGUGUAUGUUGAUGCGUGCUAGGUGGGGGGUUGUGGGGUUAAAUUCGUAUGUACAAAAUGGUUACAUGUGGAGCAAGCAGAAGAGAGAGAUGCAUUUUUUUUUCUU